CAACAUCCUAUCACAUAUCGCAUGCAUAAGUUCAUCGAAAUGUACAUAAUAUACAAAACAUUCGUGUCAAAAGAACGUCCACAAUAUGUAUUUAUUCAUAUCUAUUAUAAUUGCCGCUUUACUAAAAAAUGCGGCGUGCAAUGCGAAAGAUGAGCAACAGUGCGUGGAUUAUUACAAAACUGGUGACAAUUUCGACUUAAAUGUAUUGGAAGGGGACUGGUACGCAGUUUACUACUGGCCUCCAAUACAACGGCAAAGGGACAGAUGUGAAUUGGUGAAAUUCAAGAAAACAACAAAGUCCAAUCUCGAACCAGGAUGUGCUGAUAUCCCAGAGCAAAAUCUAAUUGAAUGCAGCUACAAAACCUCAACUGGGAAGCCGAUACACCAAGUUUACUAUGGGCAGGAUGAAGUGAAGAACCAAAUACGGUCGUGCAAUAAAGUUUCCAAGUAUAUUUUUAUUGAUGUGGAUGAUGGAUACGUGCUGGGAAUCAAUUGUUCGAACGGUGGUCGAGGGGUGCUAUUCGCGAGAAAUUUGCCGACUUCUUCUGAAGUCGAAGAUGUUGUAGAGGAUAUUGAAAUAAUGACCGGUCGUAGAGGAAGUCCUGAUUGCCACCUAGCAGUAUAACAGUGAUAUAUUUAUUAUGUACAUUCAAGUUUUUACCGGUUUGUGUAUAUCUAUGCUGUGUAUUAAGAGAUAAUUUUUUAAUAAAUAUUUGGUUUUAA